GUCAAAAACACCAACCACUACAUCAGACAACAAACUACUUACGUAAACGUGGCUUGCUCUAAAUCCUACAAGUUGAAAUCCCUUCAGGACACAAUUCUCAUUUGUUGAAGAUGUUUAGGCUGUUACCUGCCGUCAAUGUAACCUUACGUAACAAUCUCGACUCCAGGCUGCCAUCAUUCAAGCAGCAUAAAACAACAACUAAAGAACAUUUUAUUCCCAAAUCACAUGUCAUUUCUCUAUCUAAGCGUCUUGUACCUUCAUUCUUCACUUUGACAAGUUAAAAGCACAGCAAAAAGAAAGUUUCAAAAUGCCCUACGCAUUCCACGAAAGAAUCUUCCGCACACUAUGUCUCUUCCAAGCCAUCGUCGCUUUCCCAACCAUACUCUUUCUCGGCACCUGGGUAUGGGAAGAGAUAAUGGAAUACGGUUACACGGGAAUCUAUAAUUUCAUGUCAGCUCCUUUUCCUUUUGCUCACACUUGCCAUUCCAUUCCAACCCAUCCUAACAAAAUCAAUCUUUAGAAAACACCUCGCCCUGUCCUUCUUCGCAGCCGGAAUCCUAUUCAUAAUCAUCGUUCAACGCUACAACCCUUUCACACCGCUCAUAACCCUCCGCUUCGAGAUUGCGAAAUCGACGCUGGCGGGUGCGACUUGGUUGUGGCUGUUGCUUGACAGUAUAUUUGGGAAAGCACCGCCUUAUUAUUAUUUUAAUAGGCGGGCUAACAUUGUUAAGUGUGCUAUUAGUGUUUUGGUGCUUAUGUAUGUUUUUCCCACUUUCGUUCACCGCUUGGUCUUGAGGAAUACUAGGCAGAUGGAAGAGUGAUGCUAAUCUUAUGACUGAUUAUAGCUUUGUAUUCUUCCCGACGUUGGUUUAUGGCUAUCUACUUAAGAAUCAUGGUGACAAAGUCAGAAAUUUUGGAAGGACUGAAGAGAAUGAUGUGACUUCGUCUGAGAGAGAUCCUUUGCUUGGGAGUUCGGUUUGAACAUUUUGUGGUCAAAGUUCAAGAUUUUGAUUUCGACACGGGGCACGAGGAGGUUAUUUCUUCCUCCUUGUUCUGUUGAUGGCUUGUUGUUCAAUGGGUUGGAAACAUUACUGGUUAGGAGUAUAUCAGAGGUUUACAGUGGAAUCGUGACUACUGUGAAUCUUAUCAACAGGAACGGUGCCG